AUGAACUCCUCCCCGUCCCCCCAGUCCUCCGCCGCCCAGCCCCAGCCGUCCAUCAAUCCGGCCCUCCUCGGCUCGUUCUUCAACCAGUCCGCACCCGCGAGCAUCUCCCAGCAGUACCAGAACCUUUCCCCUCAGCAGCAGCAGCAGCUUCAGCAGCUCUAUGCCUCGCGCAACGCCGGAGGCGGCGUCAACCCCCAGAUGUUCCACCAGCAGCAGCAGCAGCAGCAGCAGCAGCAGCAGCAGCAGCAGCAGCAGCAGCAGCAGCAGCACCAACAACAUCAGCAACAACAGCAACAGCAGUUCCAGAACGCGAACGCUGCUGGUGGUGUUAACUCGGCCGCGCUCAUGGGCGCGCGUAUCGCCCAAAUGCAGCGCCAGCAGCAUGGACAAGUCGGGAUGGGCGUGAGCCCUGCACAGCUGCUCGCCAAUGCUGGUGGUAACAUGGGAGCUAUGGCGGGUAUGAACAACAUGGGCAUGGGCGGCAUGAACGCGAUGAAUGGGAUGGGUGGUAUAAACUCGAUGGAGAUGGGUGAUAUGGGUGGUAUCAACCCGGCUGCGUUGAAUAUGAGCAUGAACAUGAACAUGGGAGGCUCCCUGACAUCACCAACACAUUCUACAUCCACACACCCCCAGAAUUUAAAUUCCAACACUCACACGAACGCCCCCGGGAGCCUAUCCGGAAGCCCAAUCGCGCCCAACGCGGCGCUGCACUCACAACACCCGCAGGCACCGCCGACGCCCGCGCCGUCGGCUACACCGCACCAGCAGCAACACGUGCCGAACCUGUCGCACUACCCGAAUGCGAUGCUGAACGCGAUGCCCACGCCGAACGCGGGCGCGAACGCCGGUACGAAUGUGAUGGGCAUGCAGCUAAACCCGACACAGAUGCAGCAGCUGGCGGCGAUGGCACCCGCGGAGCGCGAGCGGGCGAUGGCGCGGAUGCAGGAGCGGGUGGUGCACAUGCAGCGGAUGGCGCAGAUGGGCGCGCAGAACCAGGGUCAAGGCAUGGGGGCGUCGGGCAUGAGCCAGAACGGGAUGCAGGGCGCGCCGUACGGGUUGUCGUACUUCCAGCAGCAACAACAGCAACUGCAGCAUCAGCACCAGCAACUGCAGCAACAGCACCAGCAACAGCAGCAGCACCAACAACAACAGCAGCAGCUGCAGCUGCAGCAACAGCAACAGCACCAGCAACAACACCAGCAGCAGCCGUCGACACUACAGCAACAGCAGCUCGAACGCUUCCAGCAGCUCUCGCAGGGCGCGUACGCCCAGGCCCGUCCGUCCUCGGCGUCGUCUGCCACGUCGGGUUCCCAUCGCGCACAGGCACAGAACCAGGCGCAGAAUCCGCAAAUGUCAGGACAGGGACAAAUGCAGCAGCAGCAGGCUCACCUCCAGCAGCAUCAAUUCUACCCCCAGCAGCCACACCGCUCGUCCACUCCGCAUGCAGGCCCCUCCGGUGGCCCCCAGAUCCAGGGUCAAGGUCAGCACCAGAUGAUGCCGCCACCGCCCCCGCGGGGGCCCACCUCAAGCGCCAGCCCGCGUCCCCCUUCGCGGCAUUCGCAGCGCGCGCUCUCGCAGUCACGCCCGGGCACUGGUGGCGCGGGAGCGAGCCCGCCGCCCCCGAACGUGAACGGCGUGAACGGCCCCAUUCCUAUACCAAUACCGACGCCAGUGCCGAUUCAGCCCCGCCCGAUGUCGAGUAGCAGCUCGGCAGGCCUGCCGGGGAUGCGACCGGGCACGGGCAUGUCGAUGCAUCCAGACGGGAUGGGACAGGCGCACGCGCAGGGAGGCGCGCCGAAGGCACCGAGCCGGCCUGCGACUGCUGCAGGAUUUCACCACCAGCAGCAACAACAACAGCAUGGCGCGAACGGGGCCUCGUUUUAUGUCCAGAAUGGCGCCCAGCAGCAGCAGAAGGCUCCGUCACCCGGAUACGCGCCUAUCGCACCUGCGCCCGCUCAGCCGGGCUCGCCCAGUCGUGGCGCGAAGAGGAAAGUGAGCGGAACGCCGGUCUCUGCAUCUGUCGCGCUGCCCAGCCAAAAUCCGCCCCAGCAGCAAGCUCCGCAGGCUCACCUACAACAGCAGCCGUCCGCUCAGCAAAGCCAUCAGCCGCCACAAACCCCGCGUAUAACUGGUGCGGAUUUGGGUUUACCCAUGAACGGAUCUGUUAGUGGAACAGGCCUCAGUGGAAUGGGUAUCACGGGCAACGUCGGUCCCAGAGAAGUUUCCCAUGUGGGCGCCGGCGCAGGUAUGGGCGUCAACCUACUUGGAGGCGCCGGCGGAGGCAUGAUGGGGCCCCCCGUCCUUCCAAGGCAGCUUCCAGGAAACGAGGUUCCGAUAAACAUGGGUAUAGGCGCCGGCCCGAAUGGCUUCGCUGGACAGGGCAGACAGCUGCCCAUGGGCUCCCAACCGCUUCACGUACAGACCAACGCGAACAACUUCCUAGGGUUCCCGAACCAGAGUUUGAGUGCAACCGCUACCUCUCCGUUGAGCCCUUCCCAGAGCCAGAUGGUCGAUCCCGCCGCGGCUGCGCGCGCGAUGGCCAGCCUGACAGGUGGGAUGGGCCUCCCUGGACUGGGGAUGGGCAAUGGAACGGGAAGCAUGGGCGGUCUUGAUGUUCCUGUCCCGCAGACACCGCGCCAACGGCAAGCAUCGCAGCCACCUGCAAUGUCCUCAUUCCAGUCUGUUUCAUCGCCCACCGCCAGCGUAAGUCUCUCUGGACAAGCAGGCCCAGCGCAGCAACACCCUACCGCUUUGGAACGCACCUUGAGUUCGACAUCUAUGGGUUCCGCGAUACUUCCAGCUUCCUUAUCGAGAGGCGGCGAAUCGGCCUCUUCGAGCACGAGCGCGAUCGCACCCGCGGCGGCUGCACCCCAGCAGCAUGCAUCGGCCGCGAUACCCCACUUACCGCCCCUCCCUCCCGGUGUCUCGCUGAACCCGAAGGUCACGCGGGUGACUUUCGUCCCGCUGGUCGAGUCGACCACACACAUACCACCACUUACCCCAGACGAGAUCGCUGACGUCCAGCGCUGGAUGGCGCUGGAUAAGGACUACGAGGCGCUCUACCGCCGGAUGCGCGAGCGCAUGGGACGUGAGCUUCGCGAGACCGUUGCCGCUCCGCACGCAUGGUGGGAGAAGGAUCCCGCGGACGAGGUGCGCCUGCGGCGGCCCCGGGACAAGUUUGUGCUCACGGGCUUGAAGGAGCGGCCGGGGAAGGAGAAGAAACGCACGGGCAGGAGAGAGGGGUUCAAGCUGCCAAGAAGACUUGCGGAGGAAGAUGCCAACCGCCCAGAGCAGCUCGUGCCCAUUCGGUUAGAGUUUGAUGUAGAACACCAUAGGAUGCGCGAUACCUUUGUGUGGAACCUCAACGAUCCGGUCAUCACACCGGAGGACUUUGCUCAGUCUGUGGUGGACGACUACGGCCUGGCGCCGAGCUAUCAUGCGGUCAUCACGAAGGCUAUACAGGAUCAACUGAGCGACUUUAAGGCGCACUCGGACAGUUUUGGGGAGGAUGGUAUAUUGAGCGUUCCUGCGGGUGUCGAUGCGAUCGUGAAAGGCACACUAGACGACGAGGAUGCCGCGUGGUGGGAGGCGUGGAGGAAGGGUGUGCGAACAGAAACCAGGCGCUGGAAAGGAGGCGCUCAGCCAGACAAUCUCAGUCGCAAGCGGCGGAAGAUUGUGAAGGAAGAGGUCACCGAUCAUGCCGAUUUAUCUGCAACUCCUGCGCAGCAGGAUGCUCCUAUGUCUCUGGACGCAAUCGGAGAUGACGAUAGCUUCAUGGAGGAUAUGCGAAUUCUUGUGAAGCUGGACAUCAUCGUGGGCGCUGUGAAACUCGAGGACCAGUUUGAGUGGGAUCUAGAUAACGCCGACCCGUCGCCCGAGCGUUUCGCCGAAAUAUAUGCUAAAGAGCUCGGACUGGGAGGCGAAUUCAAAACUGCUAUUGCGCACUCCAUCAGAGAACAGGUGCAAAUCUACCAGAAGUCACUCUUCCUCGUUGGCCGUCCUCCCGAUGGAUCGCUCGUGCAAGACGAUGACCUCCGCAUGUCGCUUCUUUCCUCGGUGUCUUCCGCAGCUCGCCCCAUGGAUCAAGUGAGCGCGUUUACACCUCUCCUCAACUAUCUCAGCGAAAGCGAGAUCGAGAGAAACGAGAAGGAGCGCGAGAAGGAACUCAAUAGGCGACGGAGGAAGACAACGCGCGGCAGGCGGGGCAUUGCCCUUCCCGAUAGAGAACCGCCCAAAACCUUUCGCACGCCCGCGAUCGGCUUCCCAGAGGUCGACCCGGCGACUCUGGCACUUGUCAAUGCGGUUACGGCUCCCACUUCGAGACGUGCGGCCGCGGCCGCUGCGCAGGUCACUAUUGCCAAUAUGGUGGCGUCGGAGAAUGGCACAGUCGUGUUACCGCCCAGUGCGCCGCCGCCUAUGGCCCCCACGGCCCCUGCUGCGCCAAAGGAGAAGAAGCCAAAGGGUCUCUUCAAGGCUCCCUCAUAUCCAUCCAGUGUACUGCGCCCCCGCGCAAGCGUCAAGGCUCCGACGUCGAACACCGCCGCAGAUGCGUCAACCCUGAUGCCUCCCAUUGAGAAUGACCUCCCGCCUUCGAGCAGCAGCGCCGCGCCGGAUAGCAGAGUUUCCAGGGUCAUCAUGACUGCGAAGAGAGCCAAGGAAUUGGAGAGGGAAGCCAAAGAGAAAGAGUUUGCCGACGGUCAACACGCCAACAUGAUCAACGGCGUUUGGCACUGCUCGAACUGUGGUUGCCCUGACAGUAUCGCUGUUGGUCGCAGAAAGGGUCCGCUUGGAGACAAGUCUCAGUGCGGCACCUGCGGCAAGUUCUGGCACAGACACAGGAGGCCACGCCCCGUCGUGUACAACGCCGACGCCGAAUACCACAUCAACGUCAAGAAGGAUGCAGAGCAGGCAAAAGGUGCGGCAAAACGGAGACGCCCUCAGAAUACAGUGAACGACGGAGAGUCAUCUAAGGCUGCAACGGUCGAUGGCGAUGUCGAAGAGGAGACACCGGCGCGCGGAAAGGGGGAGGUGUGGGUCGAAGUCCCUCCCGCGCCGCCGAAGUCGCAGCCUGCCGUGCCCGACGAGGCAGAUAGACCGAUGUCCCCCAUUUCCACCGCAUCCAGCGCUUCCGAGUCUCCGCUAGCCCAACGGGUGAUAAAAGCAAAUGGCUCGGGGUACACAAAGUCAGCACCCCCGACUUCCACAUCCGCUGAUGCAGAGCCAUGCCCCCUUAGUACGCCCGCGAUGUCGCCCCCGACCGCGUCGCCGCCACCCUCGCGCCCCUCCAUGCCACCUAAUACCCACUCGAAUACGAUGCCGCAGUGGCUAAAGGACGCGAUGCUCGCGAUGCAAGAGAAGUACCCAGAUGAUAGAUUCGAGGUGAUCCUGCGCAAGAUGAACCCACCGAACCCACCGGAAUGGCGCAUCAAAUGCCUCGACUGCCCGGGGAAGCUGUAUACGCCCGGGCCGGGUGAGACUCUUACUAACUAUGAAGUCCAUCUGAAAAAUCGCCAGCACCGGCAGAGGGUGAAUAGUCGCGUUGCGGGUGCUCCUAACUGA